UAUAACACACCAUGAAACAAUAUCAGAAUCAGAAUAAAGAGAUUAUGAUGAUUAUGAUGUACUAAUAGGAUGUACUAAAGAGAUGACAGAUUAUGAUGUACUAAUAGGAUGUACUAAAGAGAUGACAGAUUAUGAUGUACUAAUAGGAUGUACUAAAGAGAUGACAGAUUAUGAUGUACUAAUAGUCACUUGGUGCUAACUGACCCCAUCUUAGAAAACUGAAAUCAUUGUGGUAUAUCAAAAAUGUGUCAAAGAUUCAGUUAUACAAAAUGUUACAUUCAUAAAUACAUGUAUUAACUAUACUGUAUUCCUGAACUGUGAGAUCAAGUACAUGUCCAGUAACUCCUGGAAUAUCUCACCCUGGUGAUGUAUGUACACACUGAGAAGUUUUGCAUUAAACAAAUUUGAUGACACACUGACCUUCCAUCAGACAUAAAGCACACAUUGUUUGACUCUACCAUGUGAACGGAUGAUACAAGCUGAGAGCGUGUCGAUUUGACUACUGGAAAACACAGACUCAACAUUCAGUGAGUGUUGGUCAGCAGGUGGUGAGCAGGAAGAGCAUCAGGAGAGGAAGUCACACUGCUCUGGCUUCUCAGAAGGACUUGGAUAGAAAAGACUGCCUCAUAAGAUCUAAUAACACUGUACACGACUAUGGUUCCUAUCCUGCACUUACUGCUGCUGCUGGUUGGGGCCACGGUUCACACCUACAUUAAUGGACACGAACUGGUUGUAAAAAGCAUUAAAGGAACCUCCUCUGUGAACCUGACCAACAAUCACAUCUACAUCACCGAUUCUGGUACAAAUCAGGAUCAAAAUUGUACCUGGGGGAAUGACAUUUGCUACUGUGAAUGCAACUAUAUAAAUGACACCUGCAUCGAUUUGGCAUUGGACCUUGGGCAAAAAACAAAUUUUACCAUGACUGAUGGGACAGCUUCAUUCAACAUAUGUUCCUCCCUGUGUCAUGUGACUCCAUGCAAAGCACCUGCGAUCAACUCACUGUUGCAGAUAAGGCCCAGGCCCUCCAGCUGGACAAACCUUUGGAGGAUCUUCACAAUCAGGAGCAUGUGUCCAGACCUGUUCAAAAACAACAUCACUCUCAAAAGACGUUUUUUAGAUAUAGAGAGGGGGUUAAUACAAAGCCUUUUGGAUGAGCCUUUCCCUGGAUGGCCGAACAUCUACAACAACAGAUACCUUUCUGUGUCUUUGGUCUCCUUCUCCAACAUCUCCAACCUCACGUCCAGCUCUGAGGGCGUGAUAAACAUACCUGCUCCCCAGCUCAUUCCUGGGGAUUUCAGUUAUAUCCCAGAGACCUGGUUUCCAGCUGAGGUCAUAAAGAAUUUCCAAGUAGAGAACAUUAGUCUGGGCUUGGUCACCUACCCCUCCUCGCAGCAAUUCCAGAUGUCCAUUGAGAACAUCAGUAGCCUGGCCAUCAGGAUCGAGCUCUCUGGGGGCAAAAAGCUGGCAAACCUUUCCCAGCCAAUCAAGAUGCAGUUCCCCUAUACUGGCCAACUAAGUACUCUGCCUGUUUCAGUGGAGCGCCAGUAUCCUGUCUGUCACUUCUUUCAGGAAACAGGUGAAGAGUUGGGCUGGAAGACAGAGGGCUGCGAGACCAACCUGACCAGAGUGCAGAACCAGACCCUGGUGGAGUGCAGAUGUGACCACGCCACACCCUUUGCUGUGUUGAUGAUAUCGGGGCCUAUAGAUCCAGUUCACUGGCAGAUUCUAUCCUACAUCAGCUACGUGGGCUGUGGGCUGUCUGCCUUCUUCACACUGUCCUCUGUGCUCCUCUACACCUUCAACAGUCAAUGCAAGUCAGAUACCUCCGCCUCCAUCCACGUGUCUUUGUCGGGGGCACUGUUCCUGCUCAACACCUCCUUCAUGCUGAGUGAGUGGGGUGCCAACUUGGACAUGGCCUGGGUGUGCGUUCUCAUUGCGGCCGUCAUGCAUUACAGCCUGCUGUGCAGCUUCUCCUGGAUGGCUCUGGAAGCCCUGCACCUCUACCUGAUGCUGGUCAAAGUGUUCAACACCUACUACAGACACUACAUGGUCAAGAUCAGCAUCCUGGGCUGGGGUGUCCCCUGUGUGAUAGUGGGGGUCUCUCUGGCUGUGACGGCGAGAAACUCGCUUUUCUACGGUCUCUCUGAGAUGGCCAUGUUAAACACUAACCAGACUAACAGCAUCUGUUGGAUCGAGGACAAGACCUUCCUGCUAGGUGUCAACCUUGCCUACUUCUCCAUGGUGUUCCUCUUCUCCUCCGGGGUUCUGAUCACCGUGUCCUUCAGGAUAUGCAGUCUGACGCAUUACAACAACAUGUCUGGCACCAGAGACAAGCCUAGGGCUCACCGUCUUCCUACCUGCAAAGAUGUGUGCACCGUGCUGGGUCUGUCCUGUUUGCUGGGGACCACCUGGGGCCUGGCCUUCCUGAGUCUACAGAACCUCAACUACGCCGUUCUCUACCUGUUCAGCAUCUUCAACUCUCUGCAGGGUUUCUUUAUCUUCCUAUGGAUGUGGGCCAUAGCCAGAAAGGAGAAAAAGAGAUUAGCUGAGAACAAGAGCUCAACUAUUGACAGCAGUACACCUUCCAACAAGCCACACCACUAACCAAGUAACCCCACAUCUAUUGUAUACUGUGCUCUUCUUUGCGCUUGCAAUAACUUGGCUUGCACACAAUUUUUGGUCACUGGAUUAAAGUUGAUACAUGUAAAUAAAUGCAAAUGAGGUUUUAUACUGUAAAGGCACUACAAUCUAAAAUAAAAUAGUUGUGUAGUGUUUUAAUCCAGUCUACUCUUGUGUAAAAGUAUCUCUCACUUCCCACCAUGAAAGGUAUGUGGCAAAACAACACUUCCUUGUUUCAAUGGUUUGAAUGCCAGCAUGCUGAGUUAUGAAACUCUUGAAAUGUUAUCUGGUUGUUGUUCGGUUAAGGGGUUAUUAUUACCCUUGCUAAAAUGUUCUUGAUGCAGGCUCACAUGAUUAGUCACAUGUGGAGUCACGUAUGGUGACAUGUCAAAUGUCAAUGAACUGCACUGUUUUGACUAAAUUGCUUACUAUCUAAAUAAACAAAACUG